AUGGAAAACUCCACCUUCAACAGCCUUACGCUGCAGCUGGAGGGGCUGAUGAUCACCAAGUUCUCCAGGCUCCCUUUGUUCUUCUUCUUCUUCUUCUCCUUCCUGUUUGUUCUGGUCGCCAACGCUGGCAUGAUCCUUUUGAUCUUAGUUGACAGAAACCUCCAUCAGCCCAUGUUUCUGCUGUACUGCAGCCUAGCAUUCAAUGAUGUUGUAGGAAAUUGUCUCGUGUUGCCUCGCGUCAUGUCGGACGUCCUGAGGCCGCCGGCUGAGCGCCUCAUCGGGUACCAUCAGUGUGUGGUUCAGGCCUUCCUGGUCCACAUGUUCGGCACGUCAACGCAGACGGUGCUGAUGAUCAUGGCCUUCGACAGAUAUGUCGCCAUCUGUAAUCCUCUGCGUUACUCUAUGAUAAUGACCAACAGGAUGGUGGUGAAGCUGACCGCUUCUGCCUGGGGCUCGGCCUUGGUUCUGGUGGGGAUUCUGCUGGGCCUGACCAUCCGGCUGAGCCGCUGCAGGACUCUGAUCACCAACCCGUACUGUGACAACGCCUCACUGUUCAAGCUGUCCUGCGAGAGCGUGGAGAUCAAUAACAUCUACGGCCUGACCUUCACCGUGGUUCUGUCGGUGGUGUCGGUGGGCAGCAUGGUCAUCACCUACGCCCGGAUCGCGGCCGUGUGUCUGAGCCGCCGCUGCAAGUCCCUCAACAGCAAAGCCUUGCGGACCUGCAGCACACACCUCAUCGUCUACGUCAUUAUGUUCACCAGCGGGAAGGUUUCCAUCGCUCUGCACCGCUUCCCGCAGUACACAGAGGAGAGGAAGCUGGCCAUCAUCUUGUACCACAUCAUCCCCUGCAGCCUGAACCCCAUCAUCUACGGAGUUCAGUCCAAAGAGGUGAAAAAGGUUCUGACCGGGUGGUUUCAGCCCAGAAAGGUCCAGUCAUCAGUCUGAGUCCAACAGAACCCGACAGCACCAUCUAGAGGUUUACUGUGAAUGAAAGCAAUGAUUCUGUUCAUCCUUCCACAUCACAGGGAGA